AAGCAGUUAUUGACGAUUCAAAACAGUUCUUCUUCACUCUCUCUCAAAACUUCCCAAUGGCUAAGAAACGUCCCCUAAAAUCGACAAUAAGAGAGACGAAAAUCGAACAAACAACAACAAAAACAGCAUCAACGAUGGAUUCAGAGAGUUCUAAGAGAUCUACAAGAAGCCAGAAGCAUAAAGAAACAAAACCUGAUGACGAUUUCGAAGAGCUGUACAAUCCCAAACCACUACAAAUUGUACAACCAGGAGAAUCAAUCCCUACUUUUGAUAAUGAACCUUUGCAUCCCAUUCCACUAAAAGUUGUAAGACCAACAAAAAAGGAAUAUUAUAUGAGUCCGAAAUUUUGGAAUGAAGUAGCAAUCUGGGGGCCAAACUAUACCAAUCAUCCUACUUCUGGUGGUGAACCUUCAGAUCCCAUAAAAGAAGAGAUUGAUGAGAAACCUGAAAUCUCAGUUGUACAACCCAAAAAAGAAGAAGAUGAUGAAAAACAAAAGAUCCCCAUCCUACAACCUAAACAUGAAGAAGAUGAGGAAAAACCUAUAAUCUCAGUCAAGAAUUUUGGAAGGAAGUAGCAAUCUAGCCAGCUCCUGCUAUGAUCAUCAUGUUUAUGUUGUUUGUUUUAGUUUUCUAAUGUUAUCAAUGUUGUUAUGUAUUAUGAUCAUGU